AUGAUCUUUGAAUAUUACUCAGCAUAUCAUAAUCUACCUUUCUGCACAUAUUUCAUUUCAGUUAAUUUUACCAAAUACCAUACAACUGCUGUUGGCUUAGUUCUUUUUGGAUCAGAAAGUCAAAAAUUAGAAUCAGUUGAUUCGUUCCUAUUCAAUGUGAUCAUCUCUCCAAGUGAGAAAUUUAAUUUAGUGGAAAAUAUCAAUCCCCCUGUUUAUUAUGAUUACUUGAAUUAUGAUAAAGAGGCUUUCGGUCAUCCUACGCAACCACAACCACAUUUCUUUAUUACACCAGCUAAUCUUGGCCAUUCUUCUGGGGAUAUCUCAGUACAAGUCAUAAUUCGUUCAAGCUUGCCUCAGAGAUAUGCCCCUUUCCUACCUGGUAUUCAAAGUUUACAGUCUGUUUUGAAUGUGUAUUUGAGUCCUAUGGUCCAUGUGAUUCCUAGUCAUAAAAUUCUACUUUUUUACCAUCCAGAUGCUUCAUCUUCUGUAUACAUCCAUGGAGGAUCUGGUCACUACCAUUUAGAAAGUUCAGGAGAUUUUACAGACUCACAUCACCAUCCACUUCGUAUAACCGAACAGUCAAACGAACCGACUGUAAUUACUGGUAUUAUGUCCAGUAUAAUGCCAAGACGCGCUUACAAGUUACAACCGAAGCAUGUAGGACAUGCAAUCAUCGAGACAAUUGAUUUAUGCUUUCCAGCGUUACUAGAAUCGAACCAAUUAAUCGAAAAGCAAUUUAGUCCAGCUCAAACCGAUUUCAGUGUAGAUGUGAUUGGUUUAAGUGCAAUAAAUCUUCGGGUUCUUGACAGAAUUCAACUUGGGGAUGAGGUUACGGCUUUCAUAGAAGCUAUUGGUACAGAUGGACUUGUUUUACCUGCGAAGUUUGCUCGGUUGUUAAAGUUGUCAAUAGUUAGUGAUCAUGUCACUUAUUCACCAUCUAUUGGUCAUAAAGAAUCAUAUGAUUCAAAGAGGAUACUUGGUGUACCAGACACUGAUAUCCCUGCGGAAUCAUUCUGGAUUUUUAACUCAUCAACACUUGAACAGCCUUGUCUAGGUCAAUUCAGUGUUCGAGGAAUGGCUCUGGGCACUUCUCGAUUGAUGGUAUCGUCUGUUGUACCUGGCUUCUCAAGAAAUAAGCCUAUCACUGUCCAAAGUAACGUUGUUGAGAUUCAGGUAUUUGCACCUCUACGGUUAACUCCAUGUAAUUUCAAUCUCCUCCUGGGUGCUGAAUAUGAAAUUCAUGCAGUGGGUGGUCCUAGUCAGGCUUCAUUAGAAUUCGUUCCUGAACCUACUUCUGGUCGAAUAACUGUUUUGAAGGCAAAUCCUACUAGUGCCUUGAUACGUGCAUCUGAAUCUUUGGGUUUGGCUACUAUUCGCGCUCGAGCAGUCGGCAUUGCGGGUGGCAAGCACUCUGGAAUUUGGAAGGAAAGCAGGAUGACUAUAUGGUCUAUUCAGAGGCAAUUUGCAGUAUUCAUGUCGUUGCGCUGUCUGGUGUACGUAUUGGAUGCCCUCUGGCCAACAUGA